AUGCCUCAGCAGCUCGGUGGCGGCCACUUGGCCGACGCUGGGCCACCGGGGUCCCUAGCUCCUUGGCUCCUCACAGUGAUGUUCCGGGAUGGGAUUCGGCUGGAGCUUGCACCUGCUCAGGGCGUCGCCAUGACGACGCAGACGCGCUCCCAGGGCUGGCAGUCGGACGCGACCAAAUGCCCCAGGACGUGGGGAGAACCGGGUGAACUUGGCUUUGGGAACGCAGGCCCACUCCAGGCUGAGGUGGCGCAGGCUCCGCAGAUCCUGUCUCUAAACAAACAAAUAUUGCGUAAAUUCUUUGUGGGCACCCAGCAAGUCUGUGGCUGGGUCGGUAGCCUCCGGAGCGUGCUCCUCUGUACCCCAGAAAGAGGGAGGAUUGCAGUCCUCCCUCCGCCUCUUUCCCAGUCGGCUGCGCGCCCGCCCCCAGCAGUGGCGGCUGGGCGGAGGCGCGGUCAGCUUCGUGUUCUUAUCAAUGGGCUGGGCGGGGUAGCGCGAGACCACCUUGUCCCGGGCGGAGCGAUCCUGAGACCCGCGGAGGAUCGGGUGUUCAGCUAUGGCUCCCCGGCGCUCGGGGACCGCCCUGAGCCCGGGGCACUGAGCUCCGGAGCCGGCAGGACGCACGGGCGCCCGCGGAGUGCACCUGACACUAUGCGCUCCUGCCCGCCUUCGCCACUGGCCGUGCUGCUGCUGCUGGCGGUGCUUGUGCUCGCCUGCGCCGCGCACCCCGUGGGAGCCCUGCCCCGACUGUGUGAUGUUCUGCAGGUGUUGCAGGAGGAACGGGCCCAGUGCCUGCAGGAACUCUCCAGAGAGAGGAAAGGAGAUCUGAGCAUGGAGCUGCCAGUGCCAGGCUGUGAGGCGCUAUGGGACAACAUGAGCUGCUGGCCCCCCUCUGCACCAGGACAGACUGUGGAAGUGGAGUGCCCAAAGUUCCUCCAGAUGCUCACGAGCAGAAACGGGUCCCUGUUCCGAAACUGCACACAGGACGGCUGGUCAGAAACCUUCCCCAGGCCUGACCUGGCCUGUGGGAUCAACGUGAAUGACUCUUCCAAUGAGAAGCGGCACGCCUAUCUGCUGAAGCUGAAGGUCAUGUACACUGUGGGCUACAGCUCCUCCCUGGUGAUGCUCCUGGUCGCCCUCAGCAUCCUGUGUGCUUUCCGGAGGCUGCACUGCACCCGCAACUACAUCCACAUGCACCUGUUCGUGUCCUUCAUCCUGCGCGCCCUGUCUAACUUCAUCAAGGACGCUGUGCUCUUCUCCUCCGACGACGUCACCUACUGUGAUGCCCAUCAGGUAGGCUGUAAGCUGGUCAUGGUCUUCUUCCAGUACUGCAUCAUGGCCAACUACGCCUGGUUGCUGGUGGAAGGCCUCUACCUUCACACACUUCUGGUUAUCAGCUUCUUCUCAGAAAGGAAGUGCCUGAAAGGAUUCAUUGCCCUCGGAUGGGGUUCUCCAGCCAUUUUUGUGAUUUCAUGGGCUAUCACCAGGUACUUUCUGGAAGAUGUUGGGUGCUGGGACAUAAACUCAAAAGCUUCAGUCUGGUGGGUCAUUCGAGGGCCUGUGAUCCUCUCCAUCCUGGUCAAUUUCAUCUUCUUUAUAAACAUUGUAAGGAUCCUGAUGAGAAAACUGAGAACCCAAGAAUCAAGAGGAAGUGAAGUGAACCAUUACAAACGCUUGACCAAGUCCACACUCCUGUUGAUCCCCCUCUUCGGCAUCCACUACAUCGUCUUCGCCUUCUCCCCUGAAGAUGCUAUGGAAGUCCAGCUGUUCUUUGAAUUGGCCCUGGGCUCCUUCCAGGGGCUGGUGGUGGCUGUCCUCUACUGCUUCCUCAAUGGUGAGGUGCAGCUGGAAGUUCAGAAGAAGUGGCGGCAGUGGCACCUUCAAGAGCUCCCACUUCGUCCUGUGGCCCUCAGCUCUUCUUUCAGCAAUGGCACCAGUGGCCCCGUACAAAGCACCAAGGCCAGUCCUUCUGAACAGAGCAGGGCCACCUUCAGGACCAGUGUCAUCUGAGGCUGCCUAGGGACAGAGGUCAAGCCAGGUGCUGAGAGGGUUGGACAUUGCUACAAGAAUGUGCCCUCCUGAGGCUGAACAUGCCCUUCCCCCAGGCCUGGGACUCCUUGGUACUGAACAGAAGGGACUUGGUAUAUUAUGGGGCAAGACUUGGGGCUGAGAGCUGGUCUGUUGUGCUCUUCUGGGAAGGGCAAUUCAGAGAUCCCAGAGGGGCCAGGGAAUAAAUGAUGCCUGGGAAAAGAUUUGGUCUGUAUUUGUCCAUCUUUUUACCCUCCAAUGCAAGGAGGGAGGAUGCUCUAGCUUAUUUCCUGACCCUUUCCUGCAGGAGGAGGGGGCCCAGCUCAUGGUCAGGGACAAGUCUAAAAGCUCAGAAAACACAAGAAAUUAAGACUGCCUGUCCCUGUUGCAUUCACCUGUUCAGUAGCUCUCACCAUAGUCUUCAAGAUCACAGCUAGAUUACUCUGAUAAAGUCACAGGGGACCCUGAGACCCUUUUAGUAGCUCUGGCAUGGUGUGAGGCAUAAGAGGGUGGGGUAUAGCAGGAAGCACAGCACUGUUUUGUAGAUGAGAAACAGCUUUGCUAAGGUCCUGUGACAGGCCCAGCUAGGAUGUGGGUUAGUCACACAGCCCUUUA